AUGUUGUCCCGAUAUGAACGGAUUUAUGCUAGCAUACGGAUCAUUAAGUACCAGCUCAUCGUUGCACUACUUGCUUUCUUGCUCCAGAGCGACCCCUCAAUAUGCCUCCUCACUAUCAAGACUACACCCCGUGUUCGGGCUUCGGCCCCGAUCUGUUCGUUUGGGGACUCGGGCCAUACCGAGGCGCAUACAACAUACGUACAACAGGGACAGAGGGUCAGGUCAGCCGACUGCAUUAGCGUGUUGAGAUGGAUCUGCGACCUGACCGACCUGACGUCCAAAACGGCAAAACCCCUGUUCAUGCCGACAGCUGACCAGACGCACCAGUGA